CUCAGCUGUGUUUCAAGAAAUCGAUUUGAAUUUUUAAAAUAAUCACAAAAAAUGUCAGAAUCGACACCAAAAGUAUACUCAACAUUCACAGCAAAAGACAAAGACAGCGACAAAAUCAUUGAGUAUCGAAUCCAAGACAUUCCAGAAGAUAAAUACGAAGAAGCUGUAAACUUAUAUCUUGAACAUUUUAUAAAAGAUGAGCCAUGUGCAGAGGCUAGAAAAUUAUACGAAAAUAAGCAUGCUGUAAUCGAGUUGACUUAUCUUUGGAGAGAAGGAAUUAAAAGUAGUCGAUUAGGUGUUGCUUGUUUUAAAAGUGAUGGCGAAAUGGUUGGUGUGAAUAUUUUGUCAAUAACUGCAAAAGAUGAUGAGCAUUCGAUUAAGGCAUCUGAAAAGAAUCUUAAAGACAUGGUCGCUGUCAUGGACUACACUAUGGAACAAGCUAACAUUUACUCAAAAUAUAACGUCGACAAGUACCUUAGCAGCUUAGGUUUGUGUGUAAACAGAGACUAUCGAGGACGAGGAAUCGCUAAAGAGUUGUUAAAAGCAAGAGCUUAUAUUUUAAAAGAUUUAGGAUUGACAGUAACAGCGACUCCAUUCUCAGCUAUUGGAUCACAAUAUGCUGCAAAAGGUGCUGGGUAUGAGGAACUGUUUGAGAUCAGCACAUUUAAAGCUAAAGAUAAAGACAACGAAUCCAUAAGUGAAUAUAAAAUCCAAGAGAUUCCCGAAGAUCGAUUCAACGACGCCAUCAGAAUGUUAAUUGAAGCUACAAAAGAAGAACCUUUAUGUGCAAGCAGGAAUGUUUAUGAAAAUGAUGAAACAAAGCAAGAACUGGUCAGAAUAUGGACAGCAAUGUUAAAGGCUAGAUUGUCUGUUGGUUGUUUUAAGGAUGAUGGUGAGAUGGUUGGAUUGAAUGUGCUGAUAAUUAAAAAUCAAGGAGAAGAAAGCUUGUUUGUUAGCGAAGAUAACAACAUCAGAGACAUGAUGACUAACAUGGCAGCAAUCCACAAAGAAAUAGACAUCUUUACAAAUUUCAAUGUCGAUAAAUACUUAACAAGCUUGGGACUGUGUGUGGCCACAGAAUACCGAAACAGAGGAAUCGCAAAAGAACUUCUCAAAGCUAGACCACAAAUUAUGAAGAAUCUUGAAUUGACACUGACUGUAACGACAUUUUCAGCUAUUGGAUCUCAAAAAGCAGCCAAAAGUGUUGGAUUUGAGGAGAUUUAUGUGAUUAGCUAUGAGGAACUGAAGAGUCGAGGCUUUGAUUUUGUAAAUGAAUUUUCAGAUGUUUAUAAGAUUAUGGCAAUGAAGUUGUGAAGUGACAAUAAAAAGUUUAAGGUAAAAGAUUCUAAGAUGGCUUCUGAAGUCGGC